AUGACGACGACAUCGGACCCCAACCCGAUGACGACGCAGCGAGGGGCGGCGCCCCUGACGACCGUCUUCACGACGCCCGACUUCUGCAACUCCAAAUACUGGACCAACACCCUCACGCCGCCGCUGUCGAGCGUCGUGUGCAUGCCGCCGUCGUGGCACCAGCUCUUCGACUACAGCUGGGGCUUCUACUCCCCCGGCAUCUGCCCGGCCGGCUACACCGAGGGCUGCGCGUUCCCGACCUCGCUGGCUUUCACCAGCUCCAACGGCGACAUCGGCCUCGGCGGGCCCGUCAUCGCCGGCGAGACGCCGAGGCUAUGCUGCCCGACCGGCUACACCUGCUACACGGGCACGUCGGCGUACAGCAAGUGCAUAUCGACCAACCCCACGACGACAUUUUACGACAGCAACAACAAGCUGACGUCCCAGCUCGCGCUUGUUUACGCGAUCCAGGUCCGGUGGCAGGAGUCGGACCUGCCCAUCCUCCAGACGAACCCCACGGUCCCGGGGGAGACGGAUACGGCGCCCGCGACGACGGGCAGCGACACGUUAGCGACGGCAACAACAACGGCAACAGCAACGGGGAGCGCACCAACGGCGACCGGAUCGACGACGACGACGGCGGGAUCGGCCAUCGGUUCAUCCUCGGGCGGCGGCAGCGGCGGCGGUGGCGACGGCGGGAUCUCGGUGGGAACGAUGGUCGGGAUCGCGGUCGGCUCCGUCAUGGGGACGCUGCUGCUGGCCCUCGUCGGCUUCAUGAUCUGGUGGCGGAGGCGGCGGAGGCAGGAGGCCGGCGCGCGAGAGGACCACCACAACGACGGCGACGCCAAGUCGGACACGCUGGCGCUCCCGCACGGGGCGCCGUCCGGCAAGACGUCGCUGCUGGACGCCAUGUCGCCGACCACGACGGUCGUCGGGGACGCGCCGCCGCACUCGCCCGCGCCGACGCAGCUCGACUCGGCCAACGUGCUGGAGAUGGAGACCAUGGAGCGGCCGCAGGAGCUGCCCGACGACAACGAGGUCUAUGAGAUGGAGGGCGACAUGCCGGGCCCGCCGCUGUACCGCGAGAAGGAGGGGUGGCCUCUCCGUUGA